ACUUUCUUCUAUUUUUCAUUUUUAUCUUCAAAAUCUUCAAGUUCAAUCUUCAAUCAACGAUGGUGGAAGUUGAAGAGGUAGAGCUGGAUUUAGGGUUAUCCAUUGGAGGUGCUUUCAGAAAACCAGUUGAGAAAGAGAAAGAGAAAGAGAAAUCCGAACCUGAAUUAGGUCAGAAUCAAAUUCAAAGCAAUGCCAUGCAGAAAGUUGAUCAGAAUCAAGAAGCACCGGUGAAGAAUGAGAAUGAGAUUCACGCGUUGAAGAGAAAGAGAGAGCAGAAGAAUGCAACCGGUAACGGAGGUUUUGAACCGGUGUUGAAAAAGGAGAAGACGGAACGAGUUAACGGUGGAGCCGUUCCGGUGAAUGCGCCGUUUCAUGUUGUGCAACCGCAACAGUUAGGGAAAGUGAAGUUUGUGCCGUUCAGUAACGGAAUGAACGGAAUGGCGUUACCGUGUUGGUUUGGUGGUGAGAAGAAUGUUGGUGGAUUUGACGGCGUUAAUGUAGUUAACGGUGGAGAUGGAAAAGUGAAAUCUAAUGGGUCUUCAUCUAGGUGUAGUUCUGUUGUUUCUGAUUACCAAAGCUCUUCUCGUGAAGAUGGGGGGAGCACUGAGAGCCACAGCCAGCAUUCAGCUAAUUCGUUGACGGUACAAACUCAGUUGAAAAAUUCCAAAGAAAUCAACCUCAGAAGAAACCAACCUGAACAAAUUGCUUCAUCCAAACCAUUAUUCAACAAUGUGAAGGGAACACAAACUCAUCAAAGUACCAUGAAACCUAAUGAAGAUUCUGCUGCAACUACAACUGCUACAGCUACACAAACCAUUCCGGUUCCGAGUCCGAAUCCAGUUAAGAAGCCACUGUCUUUGUCUCAAAUGCCGUAUGUAUCAACAAAAGGGAAUGGACCAAACGGGAAAACAGUGAAUGGAUUUUUAUACAGAUACUCAAAAUGUGAUGAAGUUAGCAUUGUUUGUGUCUGUCAUGGAAGCACAUUUUCACCUGCUGAGUUUGUGCAGCAUGCUGGAGGCACUGACAUUUCACACCCUCUAAGACACAUCACAGUUAAUUCUUCUGCUUUUCAAUGAUGUUGCUCUUUUCUGUCUCUUAUUUAAUUAAUCAGUUGUUUCUCAGUUAAGUUUAGUAAUGCAUUCAUGUGAACUUUAGGCAGAGAGUAUAUAGUUUUGUAGCUGGAGCUUUUUUCUAUCAAUUAUUCUAACUGUAUUAUUAACAAUUGUUUUAACUUAGAUUAUUUUCUUGUUUUAGACUA